GGCUGCAAACAGCAGACAUGAUCAGUGGAUUGCAGAGUGAGCACCAUAUUGCACUGUCUGCUGUUUACAGCCUACCAGUCAAGAGCUGAUUGUUAGGUGAAGUACAGGAGACAGAGGGGCUACAUAAAGAUCUGUUUCACUGCUCCACACGGGCUGUGAUCAAUAUGGCGGCUGUGGACAGCUUUCACCUUCUGUAUCGUCAAGUGGCUUGGUCUUGUCAGGGUCACAUGGAGUUGCUUGCUGUGGUUGGAGCACUGUAUACAGCUGGAAAAGGUCUCAAACUCAUCUGUCAAAGCUAUAACCUCAUCAGAUUACACAUCACCCCUCUUUUGCUCAGCAGGACAAACUUGGCAAGGCGAUAUGGAGAAUGGGCUGUAGUGACUGGAGCCACAGGUAGCAUAGCCCAAGCAUAUGCUCAAGAGCUGGCACGCUGUGGUAUGAAUAUUAUAUUGGUUGACAACAACAGAGAAAAGCUACAGAAAGUAUCUGAUGCCAUCAAUGCAGCACAUGGAGUAAACACCAGUUUUAUUGAGGUGGAUUUUUGCAAGGGCCACGAAGCUUAUCGUCCAAUUAAGGAAGCAUUGAGACAUGUGGAAGUGGGAAUCUUGGUGAACUGUAUUGGAGAUUUUCUAGAAUAUCCACAGAGUGUUCUUGAGUGUCCUGAAGAACAACUGUGGGAUAUUAUCUAUGUCAGUGUUUCUGCAGCCACAAUUAUGGUAAACAUAGUGCUACCAGGAAUGGCACAAAGAAGAAGAGGAGCAAUAGUCAAUGUUUCCUUCAGGUCCUGUUGCAAGCCUGCCUUUCCAAUGACCAUGUACACUUCAUGCCAGCUUUAUAUGGAUGGUUUCACCAAAGAACUGCAAUCAGAGCUCACUUCUAAAGGGAUCUUUGUGCAAUAUCUUACGCCGCUGUGUGUAGCAACAAAGAGGACCUUCCGUUACAGGCCUUCACAACGAUUUCCCUUCUUGGUUCCAUCACCAGAAGUUUAUGCUCAUCAUGCUGUCCAAAUGCUGGGGGUUUCUCAUAGGACUACAGGCUAUUGGGCUCAUUCGAUACAGCUUGCUGCUGCAUGUUGGCUUCCAGACUGCAUAUUCCAGCUCAUGGGAAGGUUCCUUCAACCUACACAGGAAUGAGCAUUUCAAAUUCAGAGUGAUGUUAUUGUCAUUGUAUGACCAUUUCCCCAACACUUUGGUAUACUUUAUGGUUUUAUUAGUACAUGGGUAAGAAAUGAUGCCAUCAAAAUAUGAUAUAAGUGAUUAAGUUAACAAAAUCAAUAAGUAGGAAAGGUACAGAGAAGCCGGUGAUUUGCUCUACUGUAUACAGUAAACCGUAUAGCAGAGAUUGACAAAAUACUCUAAAGCAGUUGAAAGAAACAAGUCCGUUCCUACAGCUGAAUUAAUAUUAAAGCAGGAGUAAAUAUUAAAGGGGUAAUUAACCUGUAGGUUCUUUUAUUAUAUAAUAGUAUUGCAUAUAUGAAGUCCUAUUCUUUGCAUCUUCAUUUUAUUUUUGUUUUACUUAUGAAUUCUUUCAUUCCUCCAGCAUUUUUCCAACUUUCAGCUCGCUGAUCCCGUCAACCAAUUUUUUUUGUUCCAUUUUAUACAUUUUCUUUCUAUUCAGGUCUUCCCCUUUUCAUUUUCAGUCUCUCAUUCAAACCACACCUGGUUUCUAGGGUAAAUUGGACACUGACCACUAGAUAGCUAGAAAUAAUUUUAAAACCUUAAAAAAUAAAAAAUUCAAAGUCUCUUUGAAUAUCACAGUCUAAGGGCAUGGGCACAUGUGCAGAUUCAGUGAAAUUUAGUCGCCUGGCGACUAAUAGCCUCUCCCCGAACUGCCUUCCCCCUGCCUUCCCCCUGCCAUAAUGGGAAAAUGCCUGCGCCAAUGCACUUGCGGCACUUCGAU